AUGUCGGACCUCACUACAGUUUACUCAAAGGACGCUGCUUUCCCAGCAGGACCUUACUCCCAAGCCAUCAAGACUUCAUCUACUAUUUACUGCUCUGGACAAAUCCCAUGCACACCCGAAGGCGAAAUUCUCACCCUCGAGACCUCCAGCAUCUCUGCCAUGACCGAGCUCUGCAUCAAUAACUUGUCUGCUGUUCUUAAGGAAGCUGGAAGCAGUAUUGAGAAAGUUGUUAAGGUCAAUGUCUUCUUGACUACCAUGGACAACUUUGCGGAAAUGAACGGAGCUUAUGAGAAGCUCUUCAAGCAUAAGCCUGCAAGAAGUUGUGUUGCCGUAUACCAAUUGCCCAAGGGUGUCCCGGUCGAGAUCGAAUGUAUUGCUUUGGCUUAA